UUCCCAAAAAUUAAGUUUUGUUUGGACUUUCCAUGUACUUCUGGAAGCCAAUCGAAUGAGUUCGUGUGAAUAAUGCCUUCCCUAAAGACGUCUGCUCUACUCGGUAUAGCCACAUUUUAGAGCUCAACCCUGCGACAUGUCUGGUAAACGCAACCUGUUUGACGAAAAUUCUGACGAAGAUGAUACAGAUUUGAGCUUAACAAUUAACAAGGAUUAUGCCCACCGCUACGAGGAAUGGAGAGAAGCUGAAAUCAAAAGAAAACUCGAGGACAAGUAUGGCAAUGCUGAUGAAUCUGCAUCAAGCUCCUCUUCAGAUGAUGAUGAAGAUCCGGAGGAGCUUAAGCAAGUACUAAGUAAAGACUUCUUUGAAGUUAUAUCAAGCUUAAAAACCAAGAAUCCAAAAAUUUACAAUCCCAGCGUAACUUUUUUUAAGAAUGAAAAAGAGAAUGGCAAUUUGGAUCCUGUGGAGAGAAUGCGUAAAAGAAAGGAAGAAAAGAAUAAACCUGUUUUUCUUCGAGACUAUGAAAGAAAACUCAUAACAGAAAAGGGUGGUAAACUUAGUGAUGAUGACAGUGACAUUGAACAGAGUGAGAAAAGAGAUCAGAGCCCUUCAUAUGUAGAGGAACAAAAGCAGUUGAAAGAUAGUUUCAGAAAAGCACUGCAGGAUGAUAGCAGCGACGAUGAAGGAGUUCUCCUUACAAAGAAAGAGAAAUCUAAGGAAGAAAAGGAAAGGGAGGAAGAGGACUACAUCGAAUGGCUGAAAGGUGAAAGAAAAGAACUUUCUGAUAAAGAAACUGAAGAGUCACUAAAGCCUUUGCAAAACAUGUGGAAUGACCCUAAACUGGAUGAUGGGGAAAAAUUCCUACGUGAUUACAUUUUAAAUAAAAGGUACCUCGAAAACGAUGGAACCCUCGAUGAUGGAAAUGUAACAGACGAAGAUUAUCAGGAAGAAUACAUGAAUCAGUUUGAGAGGAAGUAUAAUUUUAGAUAUGAGGAACCAGAUAGAGAGUUUUUGAAAAGGUAUCCUCGAACAAUGGAACAGUCGCUUCGCCAAAAAGAUACCAGGAGGAAAGAAAAACGAGAUGCUGUAAAACAGCGCAAAGAGGAGGAGAAGCAGAAGAAGAAAGAGGAGCUUAAAGUUUUAAAAGCUCUAAAGAGAAAAGAAAUCCUUAAAAAGAUUGAGAAAAUCAAAUCAAUUACAGGCAAUAAUGAGUUAGGGUUGGAGCCUGAAGAGCUGGAAGAAGAGUUUGACCCUGAAGCACAUGACAAAAAGAUGAGAGAACUUUUUAAUGAUGAUUAUUAUGAAGGUGCAGAGGAUGCAGAGGAUGAGGAAGGAUUGAAUUUACCUCCCCUGGAGGAGGAACUCAUUGAUGAUGACAAUUAUAAUUGGGACGAGUGGGAUGGUACAGAAAAAAAUGUUGAUCCUGCACUGGCAGAUGCAACAGGGGAUGCAGAUGAAGGUCCAUUUUGUGAAGACGAAGAAUUCAAUAUGGAUUGUGACUAUGAUCCAGCUACAGAAGCUCUACGAAAAGAAGAGAAAGCUGCUGGUCAUCGGUCAGCUAGGGAAAAACGCAAAUUAAAAAGGCAAUCACGAUUUGGCAGGCUGGUGCGGAAGGAGAAACCAGUCUUUGAUCCUAAUGAUAAGACCUUUGAACAAUAUGUAGAUGAAUACUAUGGAAUGGAUUAUGAGGAUCUAAUUGGUGACAUACCAUGCCGAUUUAAAUACAAAACUGUUGCUCCGAACAGCUUUGGUUUGACAAUAGAGGAGAUUCUGCUAGCAGACGACAAAGAACUAAAUCAGUGGGCAUCUUUAAAAAAGACCUAUUCAAUUCGUCCAGAUAGUGUUGAAAAGUAUGAAGCUAAGGUUUAUGGGCAAAAGGCUCAAGAUGAAGAAUUAAAGAGGAAAAUUUUGCCUAGCCUUUACAGAAAUGAGAUUGAAGACAACACACAACCUGAGGAGAGCAAGAAGAAAAAGAAAAAGAAGAAAAUGAAGAAUGAACUAAAUGAGACAGCUACCUUACACAUGACUUCAAAUGCUGGAGAAGAUGAACUACAAACCCAAGCUUCAGAAACAAAGAUUUUAAGAAGUGAAGAUUUCAAAAUUGAUGCUAAGGUUCAAAACAAUGAUCAAACAGACUCUUCUCCCACUCCUGGCAAAAAGAAGAAAAAGAAGAAAGAUAAAUCUGUUAAAUCAGAAAAAGUGCAAGAUGAUACAUUGACUGAUCCGACCUCAGUUGACCCAAUGGCUGGUACUUCGAAUAAAGAAAAGAAAGAGAAGAAAAAGAAAACAAAGAAAGAACAUUCCGAAUUAGAUCAAGCCAUUACUAAUUCAGAUAAAGCCCAGACAUUAAUAGUCCCUGAGGAAAAUGGAAAGAAAAAAGGCAAACGGAAACAUUCUGAUACUAAUGAAGAUCUUCAGCAUGUUAGUAAUAAAAAGAAAAAGCACAAUGCUGAUGAAGUUCGAAAAUCUAAACAAAUCAGAAAGUGGCGCAUGGAUAGUAAAGAAGGGAAAAUGGAAAAGAAGCAAGUGGAGUUAUCUGAUGAAAGACUGAAAGCAUAUGGAAUUCAUCCAAAACGUUACAAGAAUAAAUUAAAGUAUGCACCGAACUCAUAGAGGGUAAAAAUCCUUACUGUAAAAAUUCCCUGCAUAGUAAAUAAAUAAAAGUUGAAGCCCAA